CCUGAGUUUUUUAUCCUGCGCGCGGACUGUUAGGGGCACUCUCAACGGGGUUCUCCAGCAGAUCAGCGCAUUCAUCCGCAAAGAUCAGCCGGUUUCUCGCAUUCUCUCAUCGGGUGCCUGACUCGUGUUUUCCGACUUUUGGGGAACAUUUAUUGCUUUCUGCAUGUUUGUUCUUCGGGACUCUAGGAAGGCGUUGGACGCAUAAUAAUUCACGACCUUUUUUUGGUUACCAUGCCCGAGCUUCCGCGCAUCGUAAUACUCCGCGGGUUCCAGCGGGGAGUCGACUGGAAACCAACGCAGCUGGCUGAUCACGUCCCUUCCACGCUGCAUGCUUGUAGCCUGUGCGGUGGUGUGCAGCGGACUACGACUGUGCUGCCUUGCUUGCACGCAUUUUGCAGCAAUUGCCUACAAGCGAGCGAGGGCGCAUCUUACGGCUGUGAAACCCGCUGCGUGUUGGACGGCAGGUCAUUUGUUCCCGAGGAAGAUGUGGUUCGUAAGGAAUGUUCUGCACAAGAUGCUGCGUCGCUCAAGGUGAUGUGCUGGAACGCGUGCUAUGGCUGUGAUUUUACGGGACCAGUAUCUCAUUUACCGGAGCACUUCGAGGAGAACUGCUCGUUUCAUCCAGCCGUCUGUCCUCGGUGCAAAGUGACCAUGCUUCUAACGGACCUGCCGGGCCAUUAUCGACGUGGCUGCAUGCCGCCUCUUGAACGGAGUGAGCUGAGACACUGGGAUGCGCAAAGCAGCACUCCUACAGCACACAGUACUUGGCACGAGGAUGUCACGCUAACAGCUCAUGACACACUAGUGGGCCUGGAAUCAAGGAUGAAUGAGCUCGUCGAGCAUGUGAGAAACCUGGAUACCAAAUCUACACUUAUGAGCUUGAGCCUGAGUGAAGCGACAGACUUUCUUCGGCAAAUGGCUUCGACACACUCCUCUACCGUCAUUUGUAAAACUAACCCUAUGUCUCCAGAACUGACGACUUUACCAACCGAUUCGCAAGAGAAUAAGCGCAUUGGCGUAUCGGAAAGAAGCACAACAGAAGGCGCAGAUGGAUCUGUAGACUCCGCAAUUGAUACUUCUGCAGGAGCUGGUCGCCUUUCGUUAGCACAGCAAAAGAUAAAUACACAGGUAUUGCCUGAGGCCGUCUGUUAUCCGCCUACUGUGCGUCGACCAUUCAGGAGACAAACGACGCAGUUGACUCACUACCUGUCGGAGCAACACGGUGACGAGAGAGAGAAGCGAGCCUUUCUGGUGAUGUUCCAGAGGACAAAGCCAGUACCUUCCGGUUCGGCUUCCGACUUCUUACCAUUUUAUGACCUACUUAAACGUGGAAUAGAACUAUCUAUUCCAGAAACGUGGACAGCUAAAGUGGUGUUAGAUGGCAACGAAGACUGCCACGUAAAAAUCGUCAUACUGGAAGAGAACGCGGCGCUGGACGUUUACGCCAAAGUUGAAGAGCGGCGGAAAACUUUCAACCCUUGGAAGGUGGAGUCUGUACGGUUGGCACAUCCAACCGAGAAUACCUCUUCCUCAUCCUCCACUGUAAAUCGUCUGUUUAAACCUACAUGGACACAUUCCAGAGCUGCUCGUCUGAGGUUCCAGGCAAGCGGGUACGGAUUCUAUGGAUCCAACAGGUUUGAAGCCAUGUGUCGGCGAGGUUUUGUUUUGGGCAACGACACCGUGACAUUCUGCGUAACGCUCAUGCGCAAAUGGAAUGCUCCCGGAGAAUUCAACACGGGAGAAGGAACAUCCAGCUCAACGGCGCCAGUCACAUCAGAUGAAACGUAGCCUAUUUUCUUCGGUCGUUUGAAGCAUUUUAUAUCUUACUCCUGUCAUGUUUCUACUAAAAAUAUGUUUAUAUACUGUU